AUGAGAUCUUUCAGUGUCGUUAACAUAUGCCCUCUAGUUUGCUGCCUUUUCUUGUAUGUUCUCAUACCAUCAUCACUAAACUACUUUCCACAUUUUGCUUCUGCUAGUUCGACUACUGAAGCAGAGGCUCUUCUCAAAUGGAAAGCCAGCUUUCUGAAUAAAACCUCUUUCAAUAACCAGUUCAAGGAUUGGAUUUACAUUCCCAAGGCUAAUACAAGUGCCACCAAUUCUUCCACCAACCCAGAAACAAAGUCAAGCCCAUGCAAUUGGACUGGCAUUUCAUGCAACAAAGCUGGAAGUGUCACAAGGAUAACACUAAGUAAUGUUCAUUUACAAGGUACGCUGCAAGAAUUUUCUUUUUUGGCCUUCCCAAAUCUUGCAUAUGUUAAUCUCAGCAUGAAUAAACUUUUCCACACCAUCCCACCUGAAAUUAGCCACCUCACCAAACUCAUUUCUCUUGAUCUCUCUCUUAAUAACUUGUCCGGGAGAAUCCCACCAGAAAUUGGUUUCCUGAAAAAUCUUACAGAUCUCCUACUCUUCAGAAAUAACCUUUCUGGAUCUAUUCCCAAGGAGAUAGGAAGCUUAAAAUCACUUGUGCAUCUAGAGUUGUCCAACAAUCAACUAGAUGGUUCAAUUCCCACUUCAUUUGGUGACUUGACAAACUUAAAAACCUUCAACCUCAGUUACAACAACCUUUCUGGCCAUAUUCCUAAAGAAAUACCCACAUCUAUUAAGAUACUAACCUUGAGGGGCAAUCAACUCGAUGGUUCAAUUCCCACAUCUCUUGGUGACUUGAGAAACCUGACAAUCUUAUACCUCCGAGAGAAUCAACUUUCUGGCACCAUUCCUGAAGAGAUAGGAAACUUGAAAUCUCUUGUGCAUCUAGGGUUGAGUGUCAAUCAGCUCAACGGUUCAGUUCCCAUUUCAUUUGGGAAGUUACUCAAUCUAGAAACCCUAAAUCUCCGCCAGAACCAGCUUUCGGGGUCCAUCCCACAACAACUAGAGAAAAUCAUCACCAACUUGAGUCAGCUUCAUCUGGAUACCAACCAUUUCUCUGGUUAUUUACCCCAAAACCUUUGCCAAGGUGGAUCACUCACAAACUUGAGCCUAAACAAGAACCAUUUCAUAGGUCCAGUGCCGAAGGGUUUGAAAAACUGCACAAGCUUAAUCAGAGCCCGUCUUGAAGAGAAUCAAUUAACUGGUAACAUUUCUGAAGACUUUGGUGUCUAUCCAAAUCUUAAAUUAUUAAGGCUGAAUGACAACAACUUCUAUGGUGAGGUUUCACAAAACUGGGGAAAAUGUUCAGAUCUAGAAGACCUAGGAAUGGCAGGAAACAACCUUACUGGUACCAUACCACCUGAGAUUGGCAAGGCAACCAAACUUGAGGAACUUAAUCUAUCUUCAAAUCGUUUAGUUGGGAUAAUUCCAAAGAUAUUUGCAAGGUUGAGUUCUUUGCUUCGGUUGAGGUUGAAUGACAAUCAACUUUCAGGUCGUAUACCCUCAGAGUUUGGAUCACUGGUUAAGCUUGAUUAUCUUGACCUUUCUGCCAACAAAUUCAAUGACUCAAUUCCUGAAGUUUUAGGUGACUUGCUUGGUUUGCACUACUUAAAUUUGAGCAAUAAUGAGUUCAAUCAAGAAAUUCCACCAGAGUUGGGGAGUCUAGUUCACCUAUCCACACUAGAUGUAAGUUAUAACUCACUUACAGGCAACAUACCACCAGAAAUGAGCAAUAUGGAGAGCUUGGAGAAUCUGAAUCUUUCCCACAAUAGUCUCUCUGGCCGCAUUCCAAUAACAUUCAACAACAUGCGCGGCUUGUCUUAUGUUGAUAUAUCCAACAAUGACUUUGAGGGUACCCUUCCCAACAUCACAGCAUUUCAGCAUGCUCUCCCACAAGCAUUACAAGGGAACAAGAGAUUGUGCGGCCCCAUCGGAUCGUUGCCAACCUGCAAAAGCAUCUCACACAAGUCUCACAAAGUGGUAACUUCAAUCUUGAUCUCUCUUGUGGUGACAAUUUUACUGCUAUCUGUUACAAUUGCUUGUGUAGUAAAAAGAAAAAAGAAGUAUCAGCAUGUGGGGAAAGAGAUAAAGAAUGAAGUACACUUUGUUUCAGGGAAGACAAAGUUUGAUGGAAAAGUGAUGUAUGAAGAUAUCAUAAGGGCAACAGAAGAUUUUAAUUCUGCAUAUUGCAUUGGGAAGGGAGGGCAGGGGAUUGUAUACAAAGCAACCUUGUCAUCUGGCGACAUAGUGGCAGUGAAGAAAUUCAAUGUGCUCUCAAGUAUUGGUGAGAAGAAUUGCCAGAAGGAAUUCAACAGUGAAAUAAGGGCACUGACUGAGAUACGCCAUCGAAACAUUGUGAAGCUUUAUGGGUUCUGUCCACAUACACAACACUCAUUCUUGGUGGAUGAGUAUCUAGAAAGGGGCAACUUGGCAACAAUGCUAAGCAAAGAUAAUGAAGCUAAAGAAUUGGGGUGGAAAAAAAGGGUAAAUAUUGUUAAAGGUGUGGCUCAUGCCUUGUACUACAUGCACUAUGAUUGCUUGCCACCAAUUGUGCAUCGGGACAUAUCGAGCAAGAACAUAUUGCUUGAUUCUGAAUAUGAGGCCUCUGUUUCAGACUUCGGUACUGCAAAGUUCUUAAACCCUGACUCAACAAAUUGGACUACCCUUGCAGGCACAUAUGGAUAUGUUGCACCAGAGCUUGCCUAUACAAUGGAAGUGAAUGAAAAAUGUGAUGUCUAUAGCUUUGGAGUGGUGACAUUAGAAAUAAUUAUGGGAAGGCAUCCAGGAGAGCUUCUUUUACCUCUAACGUCAGGAUCGUCGUCAUCGGUAUCAUCUGCAUUACCAGCUCAUCAAAUGCCAAUCGUGGAAAUUUUGGACCAGCGUAUUUCCCCUCCUACACAUGAAAUUGCAGGGGAAGUGCUUUCUCUUGCCAAGAUAGCAUUUUCAUGUAUCAAUGUCAGUCCUCUGUCUCGUCCAAACAUGAAACAAGUUUCUCAAUAUUUGGAAAGUCGGAGGCUGCAUUUUUCAAAGCCAUUACCUAAGGUAACAUGUGGUGAAUUGCUUACUCUCGGUGGUUUGAAUGUUUGA